AUGGUGCUUUCUGAAGAGCAGGCUGAUCAGGGAGGUUUCGUCCCAAAGGAGAGUCCCAGCAGGUGCAAGUGCAACCUGCACGCUAACUUGUGCUCCGUGAGGGAGGGCAGUCUGCAGUGUGAGUGUGAGCACAACACCACGGGCCCCGACUGCGGCAAGUGCAAGAGGAACUUCCGCACCCGGUCCUGGCGCGCCGGCUCCUACCUGCCACUGCCCCACGGCUCUCCCAACGCGUGUGCUGCUGCAGGCUCUGCUGUUGGCAGAGUCGGCAGGCCCCGGAAAGACCCCGUCCCCAAAGCCCCUGUGGCCACUGUGGCCAUGAGAGGGGACCCCAGCACUCCCGCCCCCUCCACUUCCACUGGGCGGGCCCCCAAGGCCCCCAGCACCCCACAGCCCACAGGUGGGUGCCCAGAGACAGCCCAGCUGCCCUGCUCUUCCCCACUUCCCACCACGUCCCCGCCUCUGUGUGUGAUGUGCCCUGCUGCUGGAGCUUGGCUCUUAGAGAACAUUAGACCCUAG